AGCAAGAGGCUGGACAACAUGAGAGACGGGACUCUGUACUGCCUCACAGAGCUUGCUGGUAGGAGAAUUAACCCUAGAAGAGAUUAAAGCAAGUUUCAAGAUGGCCAAAGGAGAGCCCACAAGUGUCUCAAAGGACUUAAAGGAGCUCCAGGGGAAACUGUCCUUACUGAUAAAGUCCUUUCAGAAUAACUCAAAGGUGGUUGCCUUCAUGAAGUCUCCAGUGGGUCAGUGCUUGGACAGGCAUCCUUUCCUGGCCCUCUCUGUGCUGGUGUUUGUGGCCAUGUCUGCUGUCCCCGUCGGGCUCUUCCUGCUCCUCGUGGUGCUCAGCUCCCUGGCCGCACUUGUAGGAGUCAUAUUGCUGGAAGGGCUGGUCAUUUCUGUGGGUGGCCUUACCCUACUCUGCGUCCUCUCGGGUCUGGUCUUCUUAUCACUUGCCAUAUCAGGGACAGUCAUGGUGUCCUCUGUGGUGAUCGGCAGCCUCAUCAGCUACUGGUUUUCUCCCAGACCACUGGCAAAGCAAAACCCCAGUGCCGACUGUCAGCUGGCUAUGAAGGCUGCAGACCUUGCAGGGCUGUACCAAGAAGGACUGGCUGGUUGGACCCACAGAUGUUUUUAACUUCUCAGGAAAGCUUCUGGGUCGUGCUCGACCCUUGGGAUUAGGACACAGACAAGGGGCAGGAGAGUCCAGCGCCCCUGGACUAUGGCCUCCAGCUUCCUCAGUGGCCAGGGUGGCCUGUGACCCCCCCCCCACUACCAGCGUGCAGACCUGACCUUGGCAGGGCAUGGGCCUCCAGCCGGCCUCGGGACUUGUGUCCACUGUCCCAAGGUAACACUGGCUUUUUUCUGCAUUUUUUUUUUUUUCUUAAUGAGGGAAGCUGUUUAUUUUUUCACUCAUUUGAAAAGCAGGGUGAAAAAAAAUCUAAAUCAGAACCAGCUUUUCUGCCUUAUUCACUACUA